CGGUCAAGACUUUUUCUCCCGUCGGCGUUAAAAGGAUCGGACUACUCGAGUGAGAGAGGCGGCGGAGACGACGAGGGCGUCGGAAUAGGAUGGGGGACGAGGUGGCGGCGAGCCGUCUGUUCCGGAUCCGACGGACGGUGAUGCAGAUGCUGCGGGAUCGGGGCUACCUGGUGUUGGACUUCGAGAUCAACAUGAGCAAAGCCGAGUUCCUCCACAAGUUCGGCCCCGACUGCAUCCGCCGCGACGACCUCCUCAUCAACAAAUCCAAGAAGAACGACCCCGCCGACCAAAUUUAUGUUUUCUUUCCAAACGAUGAGAAGGUUGGUAUGAAACACAUAAAGAAAUAUGUUGAAUUGAUGAAAGCAGAAAGUGUUCCCAGAGCCAUGUUAGUUCUUCAGCUGAAUCUCACUCCAUUUGCCAAAUCGUACCUUCAAGAAAUAUCUCCGAAAUUCUUUUUGGAGGUUUUCCAGGAGGCGGAGUUGCUUGUCAAUAUAAAGGAUCAUGCUCUUGUUCCUGAACACCAGGUGCUUACUAGUCAGGAAAAGAAGACUUUAUUGGAGCGAUAUACUCUAAAGGAAACUCAGCUUCCAAGAAUUCAAAUUACGGAUCCGAUCGCAAGAUACUACGGCCUCAAACGUGGACAGGUUGUGAAGAUCAUCCGACCCAGUGAGACUGCGGGCAGAUACGUCACCUAUCGAUUCGUCGUCUAAUUUCGGCAAACAUUACAUGUUUGUUUAAAAAAAAAAAUAAAUCUUGAAGCAGCGAUUCCUGCUAUUUAACUUGUAUCUAGUAUUUCAAAGCGUAUUACAUGUCUCGAGAAGGGCACAAGCUUUCUCCACCAGCCAUAAUAAACUCCUGUUUGAUCGCUGUUUGAACGAAAGCGAAAGAAAAAUAAUACGUAUAGCUUAUAUUUAUACAUGCCAUCUUGAAAUGUAAAAGAACUGACUGGAGUAGAAUAAUGGAAGUCUUCCAUGACUCAAAGAGUCGAAUAACGAAAGUCUUCCUGUU